CAAAACAGCCCAGUUCACCCAGAGAGAGACUUUAUUAUAGGGGGGUUUAAUCCCAUUGGGUUUGGACGGACUGGGACCAGCCAGGCUCUAUUGGCCCUUAGUGCUGCUACGCGCCUCUGAGCACGUCCAGGAGUGUGUGAGGGACUGGACUAACAGAAUUACGCAAGCUUCCCAUUAUAAACACGCACACACACAUACACGCAUACAUACACACCAUGUCUGACGGUGCUGCUCCUACAGAUAACAACAACGGAGAGCCUGGAUUAAACGGCUCGUGGGUGGAGUUGGAGAUGAACAGAAGCUCAGGUGGCUCUCAGGCCUCGUCCAUCAGCCUGGCGACGCCACCGUUAGCCCAGGUGGUCGAGGAGGACGACGGCAUUGCAGGCGGACUGGAGCACGUCCCCUCCUCGUCCUCCAUCCAUAACGGAGACAUGGAGAAGAUCCUGCUGGACGCUCAGCACGAGUCCAGCCGCAGCAACUCCUCUUGUGACAGCCCCCCUCGCCCCCACAGUCCUCAGGAUGAAGGACAGAUCAGCUUUGACGUGGACAGAGGAGAAACCCAGGAGGUGCUGGAGAAGAUGAGGGAUGAUGAUAUUCUAAUGAAGGACUCAGACUGGGUUGCCGAUUGGUCCAGCAGACCAGAGAACGUCCCGCCCAAAGAAUUCCAUUUCCGUCACCCCCGGCGAUCCGUGACCCUCAGCAUGAGGAAAACCGGAGUGAUGAAGAAAGGAGGAAUCUUCUCAGCCGAGUUUCUGAGAGUGUUCAUCCCCUCGCUGCUGCUUUCACACAUACUGGCCCUGGGGCUCGGGGUCUACAUUGGGAAGAGGCUGACCACGCCCCCUGCCAGCUCCUUUUGAGCACCAGAACUGAUGCAGUGCCUCAGCCCGUGUGGAUUCAGGGGGAACGGUGCAGUUUGUACGCGGAAAUGAAAUCGUACCCUCCAGCUCGCCCCGCGAUCCUCCCUUCUUUUAUUUUCUUUUCUUCUUUCCUUUCUUCUUUUAUCUUCUCACCCUCCCCCAUGUUUAACAGUACAGUACAUUGGUGUACCUCCUUGGCUUGGCUUGGCUGUUCCUGAAAGCUGUGUUUAGCCGGAAUGUGCCGUAUUGUUGAUGGCGAUUCAGUUUCCCACUUAUAUUUCCUGUGUUUCCUCUUUCUUCCUCUUUCUUCCUCUUUCUCCUCUUCCUCUCUGAUAGUCUUUCUUCUUCUUACUUUCUGAUUCUUUAAUUGUUGGUUUUCUUGAGCGAUAGUUGUUCUGCUUCCUUCGUGGUCCUAAAUAGAUUAGUCGUUUUAGACAUUUGGGGGUGUAAUGAGGGGGGAAAGGGGCGGGGCAGAGAACAACCAAAUCCAUGAGAGACUUUUAUUUUUCAGAAGUUGUGGUUUUUAAAGAAUGUGACCCAAAAACCCACAAUAAUGCCCCAUAUGAAGGGAUCAACCCACUCCUAGUGAGAGUAAAUACAGCAGCACGCCUGAAUAGUAGAGCUUACUUUGAUGAGCGGAGAGUUAUAUGGAAAAUGAUUUCAACAUUUGAUAAUUUUGUUGAUUUAUAGGCAUUUUAAGUUAUACUGUGCUUCGCUAAUUGAUUGAUGUAUUGGUUUAUUGAUUGAUUGAUUGAUUGAUUGAUUGGUCAAGACUUGUGUUGUGUAUGUGUUCAAAGUUUGGACUUGCCAUAGAUUUCCAUACCCAGCCGAAACACAGACCUGGACUUUUAAUACAUUCUAAAAAUAAUAAAAAAUGUAAUAAUACUCUUAAAAAAAAUGUAUUUAGUUUAUCAGCGUAAGCGCGAGACCUGUUACAUUUAAACUGAUAUUUAAUGUUUUUUAUGAUGUAUUUAAUAGGGAUGCACUGACUUUAACUUAAAAUUACCUACAUUUACUGAAUUAUAGAGAUGUUCAUAUCCAAAAUCCCAAAAAAUUACAUCCAAAGAUGUCAGAAUUUUAUAAAAGCUAUAAAGGUUUUGCCGUUUCUGCCUUGUUUUACUGGUUUUGAGCGUUCCAUAGAAAGAAAGAUAAGAGCUGGCUUCUGCUGGAAACCCUUUCAGAACAUAUUUAAAUUUACAUUUACAUUUUUAUCACUGAUAAAAUAUGAUUAAAAAAAGAACUCAUAUUAAAUAUUGUUAAAUAGCAGAAUUUUACUCAAUAAUUAUCUUUUGAUAAGUCAGUGGCUGGUCUACUCAUUUAUAAGGGGGUGGGGUAAUAGAAUGACUGCUUUAGCUGGUCUUUCUCUUUCUACCAUAUAAGGAAAAUCAGGAACUUAUUACAGGCUUCUAAUUUCAAAAUAAAAUCCUGAGCCCAAAAAACAAAUAACAGAUAACACAAUUCAAUUCAACAAUAGUGUCUGAUCUUUGUCAAGCAUCGACUAAUAUAUAGAUAAAAUAAAUAGGUGUAUUGAUAUCGAAACUUAAAAAAGGCAGAUUGGUGCAUCCCUAGUAUUUAUAUAAAACCGAAUGUUAAGCAGAACCUGGAUACAUUUGGUAUGGAAUGGGGUCUAUGGGACCUUUUGUAUGUAAGAAAGACUGUUGUUUGUGUGUAUUGUUGUGUUUGUCUAUGUUUUUGUCUAUUGUUCAUGUCUGUUUUGUUAUUUUGCUCAUCCUUAUGUGUUGCUUUAACUGCAUAUCAGGCUUGUGUGAAGCGUUUUUAUUUUUUUCUAACAGUUUUUUUCUUUAUUUUUCCUUAUUCAUAACAUCUGUAACCCUGUUCACACCUGGUAUUAACACCUGAUUUUGGGUGAUCUGACCAUAAGUGUCGAGCACAAAGUGUGAACAAGAUACAGUGUAUCGUAAGGACCCAAUCAUUGAAACCGAUCAUAUUCGGAGGUGAUCAAAGACGCAUACGACUAAAUUAUUAUUAUUAUUAUUAUUAUUAUUAUUAUUAUUAUUAUAACUACUGUGAAAUUAAAUCAAAGUGUACCUGACAGUGAAGCCCCGCCCACAUUAACUGUGUCACCGACCCUGCAGAAACAUAUGUAAUAACCGCAACAGCGAGAACAGGCCAUCCACUGUCCGGAGGGGUUAGCUUAGCACACUACUGCAAAUAAAACAAGCUUUUAGAUAAAGAUAAUACCUGCCUUCUCCGGUGGAAAUGAUCUGAUCAGAAAUCUCAAUUCAAACUUUAAAAAAAAAAUCAACCCCCAGGAUGUUGUAUCAUCAGAAUUAAUAAGAUGGUAUAUAUAUUACUUGUUUUACUAAUAAAUCUCUGGAACUAUGAGUUUCUUUGAUUUUACCAAAUUAAAAGGAAUAUGGAUGAUCACAAGCCAUCAAACCAAACUGAACUGCUUGAAUUUUUGCACCAGGAGUAAAGCAGCAUAAAGUUAUCCAAAAGCAGUGUGUAAGACUGGUGGAGGAGAACAUGAUGCCAAGAUGCACAAACUGUGAUUAAAAACCAAAGUUAUUCCAGCAAAUAUUGAUUUCUGAACUCUUAAAACUUUGUGAAUAUGAACUUGUUUUCUUUGCAUUACUUGAGGUCUGAAAGAUCUGCAUCUUUUUUUUUGUUAUUUUAGCCAUUUCUCAUUUUCUACAAAUAAAUGCUCUAAAUUGACAAUAGAAUAAAAGAAAAAAAAAAACCAACAAUGUUAAUUUUACUCAAAUAUAAACCUAUAAAUAGCAAACUAAAGUGCUCUUUCCAGAGCUGUUUAUUAAAGAAUGUCACAUGUCACAUGACUUCAGAAUUAACAUACUGCUGUCCGAUGAUUUUUGGCAUGUCUGUGUAAUUACCCAGAAUUUCUUUUGCUGAUGCUAAAAACGCUUCAUUCACAGCCCCCUGUGCCUGACCACACCUUUUGAUAAUCCCACUGCUUUGAUGUUUCAGACCUUUGAUGUCUGUCUCUGUUUUGUCUAUCUGUGUUUUGACAGUAUUUAAUGUACCGCAUAUCGUUUUAUUUGGUUUAAUUUGAUUCGUGUUUUUUACUCUUUAUGGAAACCUGAGACGUGUGAUUGGACAGAUCUGAGCGAGUGAUGAUGUAAUGACGUAAAGAUGUACGACGGGCUUCGUAGAAAAGAACGAAGAGGGGUUUAAGUUUAAGAUCUUUAAGUUUUGCGUUAUGCUUUUUAGGUGCUUUUUAAGUGGUGGUGCCACAGUAUAGGGGAACAGGACAGAGAGCUGCUGUGGAAAUGGCGCCACCUAGAGCCUGAAACAACCUCAGACGAUGUAAAAUAAAUAAAUGAAUAAAUACAUAAAAAGCAUUCAUUGUAAUAGUUUGUCAAUAAAACUUUUUUUUUUUUUUUUUCGUAUUUUCCCCUGGACAUUUACGAUUGUUUUGACAUUAAAGUUUAAAGAACAACCUGCAA